AUGCGGCCGUCCCCUGUCUGCCCCACAGUGGUGAAGGCCUUUCAGGAGUACACAGAGCCGGAGGGAGCCGACCCAGCCUCUCCCCAGAGACGGGCUCCCCCAGCAGGGGGGGAUGACGAGGGCGUGGUGCUACCGCUCGGGGACAACGUACUCACACACAACCUGGGCAUUCCAGUACUAAUCGUUUGCACAAAGUGUGAUGCAGUCAGUGUUUUAGAGAAGGAGCACGACUUCAGAGAGGAGCACUUCGACUUCAUCCAGUCCCACAUCCGACGAUUCUGCUUACAGUAUGGAGCUGCCUUGAUUUACACCUCCGUCAAAGAGGAGAAGAACCUGGACCUCCUCUAUAAAUACAUAGUGCACAAAAUAUACGACUUCCAGUUCACCACGCCUGCCUUAGUGGUGGAGAAGGAUGCUAUUCUGAUACCAUCUGGAUGGGACAAUGAGAAGAAGAUUGCAAUUUUGCAUGAGAAUUUCACAACAGUGAGACCUGAAGACCCCUUUGAAGAAUUCAUCAUGAAGCCUCCAGUACGGAAGCUGGUUCAUGAUAAGGAGGUCAACGCGGAGGACGAGCAGGUGUUCCUUAUGAAGCAACAGUCUUUGCUGGCCAAGCAGCCGGCCACACCAACAAGAGGAGCAACAGAAUCUCCUGGACGGACUGCUUCUGGCUCUCCUCGGCCCACUGGCCGUACAGGCCCUACCAAUGUGGCCAGCGUCUCGCCAAUGACCGCGGUCAAGAAACCUGACCCCAACAUGAAGGGAGCAGCAGCAAACGAGGGAGUUUUGGCCAACUUCUUUAACAGCCUUUUGAGUAAAAAGACUGGGUCCCCUGGGAGUCCAGGCACCGGAGCUGCAGGAGCAGGAUCUCCAGGAUCAGUCAAGAAAACAGGGCAGAAGCCGGUUUUGACUGACGUCCAGACAGAGUUGGAUAGAAUGACUCGCAAACCGGACUCCAUGGUUACAGCUAACAACACACCACCAACAGAGAACGAAGCGUGAACGCAACAACAGCAUUGUCCACUGCAAAUACUCUGGAAAACAAACACACACAA